UGUGAACAGAAGAGAAACGAAGAGAAAACUGGCAUUGCAGUUCGCUUACUCCGCUUGCUUGCUCAGUUAGUGCCCGACUGCGCUGUUUGCAGGUUGUUCUACUCCUACGAAUCGACGAUAUCACCUCUCGGUGGACUGCUAGCUGCUGUUAAACGGAAUUGGUGCAACAGCGUACGGCGGCGUUCGGUCUUAAUUGAUUUUGUGCGGAGCGCACCGAGCACACCGAAUUUCAGCGUGCGUCGAACGUGAAGAGAUUCGAGAAGCUUUCGUGGAGGAGAUCCGACCCGAGCAGCAAAAUGGUGUCCGGCGGGAUGAACUGCGUCAAAUACCUGCUCUUCUGCUUCAAUUUAUUAUUCGCGAUUUCUGGAAUCGCCAUCUUUACCGUGGGUUUAAUCAUCCACACCGCAUACUAUCACUACUCGGAAUUCGUAGAUCCUAGUUUCGCCUCCGCACCAAUUGUGCUUAUCAUCGUGGGCGUUAUCGUCUUCGUGGUGGCAUUCUUCGGCUGUUGCGGCGCAGUCAAAGAGAACCACUGCAUGAUUAUCACCUUUGCAGCACUUUUACUCAUCAUCUUCACCAUCGAGCUGGCAGCCGGGCUUGCAGGUUACGCUCGCCGCUCCGACGUCGAGGAAAUGCUCGAGAACCGCCUCAACAAGAGCAUGCAAGAGUACUACAGCAAGCGCGACGUUGAGAAGUCAUGGAACAUCAUGCAACACGAGAUGAAGUGCUGCGGGAUGAAUGGACCGUCCGACUGGCACAAUAUCACGCAUAAUAAUACCUUGCCGUACACGUGCUGCCCGGACACGCAAAACGACGGCACGUGCACGAUGAAUACGCUCAACAUGUACAAGACUUCUUGCUUGGAGCGCCUGCGCGAAACACUCAUCAACUACGCGUCGAUUAUCGGUGCGGUUGGUUGCGGCGUUGCGCUUGUACAAAUCGUCGGCGUUAUCUUCUCUUGCUGCUUGGCACGCAGCAUUCGGAAGGAAUACGAAACGGUGUGAAUCACCGAUGAGAUACUCGCGCAACUACUCUAAUUUUUUAUCCACACAAUUUAAUUUGACUGUUUUAAAGAUUUCAAAGUUAAAAUUUGUAGUUUUUAAGGUUAUGUUUAAAGUUUGUUGCACUUUUUCUAAUUGUUUAUAUUUCUAAUCUAAUUUAUUUCGUGGCGUUUGAAGUUGAAGUUGAUUAUAAAGUGUAGCGCGCACUUAGAGUCCAUUUAAAUGUGAUUUGUACUGAUUUGCACGGAUUUCACAAAUUGGUUUGCGACUGAUUUUUUUAUUAUGAAGUAAAAAAGCAAAAUGCACUACGCACUGACGAAUAGAAAGUGAACAAAAGCCAAACACUAACAAAAUUGAGUCAAUAUAUCAACAAGUCGAUGAAAAAAGAAUAAUAAUGUUUACAUUAACAAACAAAUGUUUCUGUAAACGGUUUGUAUCGACUUGUGUGAACUGAAAAACAUAAAAAAACACUGAAGCGACUUUUGUAUACAAUUUAACUGUUAGCGCAGAACUUUGCAUUUAAUAUUCAUUAGAUAUUUCGAUUUUCAAGCAAUACUAAUUUACUCUUUAAGUUCUCAACUCGACGAAAUACUUAGAAAUGCAAAUACAGGUAGUUACCUUCUUGUAGAAUAAAUAAAAUGUCACCAAAAUAUAGGAAAUACCAAAUAGCGAUGAGCAAAACCAUAAUAUUAGCACGUGAAACAUUGAAAUAUUACUAGCACUCAAAGAGUUAUUCAUGAAUAAUCGAUUAAUGUGUCAUCUCAAAUAUAAUCAUAUAACUUUAAUAAUAAGGCUAAGAAGACCACACCCCUACACAACACAUUUACAGUGUGCUCAUGUGGAAGUCAAGACCAAAUUUUGAAGAAUUUUUAGCGUAGCGUUAAGAUUUAAAAGCGUAGAAGCCAACCAUACUUAAGGAAACAACAAGUGGCACAAAAUAUCAGAAAUAUUGCGAUUGAAACAUGAGAAUAUGAAAUAGAUCCUUUUGGUGCUUAUAAGAUGCGAAAAAUAUAUAUCAAUGUGUUAUGAUUUCAUUACAGGAAUGUAAUCUUUGGAAUCAAAUUACAUUUGAGUUAUUGAUGUUAUAUAUUACUAUAAAUGUGUUUGAAAUAAAAGAAUAAAACCCUGUCUAAUCGAAA